AUGUCAGACUUAGCAAUAUGCCGAUUUGCUUAUGAUGGAGUAGUAACAUCAGUUGUCAAACUGUUAGAAUCCGAAGCCAAUAAAUCACACGUUGAUCAGGCUGGAAGAAAUCCUCUUCACUGGGCAGCGUGUGGCGGUCACUUGGAAUUGGUGAAAGUUCUUCUAUCCAGAGGAUUUGAUAAAGACUGCAGAGAUCAUUCUAACUGGACUCCUCUAAUGAUUGCUGUAUCUGCAGGUCGAGAAAAUGUCGCCUCCUAUUUAAUAUCCCAUGAGAAUGCUGAUGUCAAUGUUGUGAAUUCAACUGGUCAGUGUUGUCUGCAUUAUUGUGCAUCGAAAAAUCGUUAUCAGUUAGCUAAACAACUACUUGAUUGUGGUGCUAAAGCAGAUGUACACGAUUGGGGUGGGAUCACCCCAUUGCAUCGUGCUAUUGCUACAGAUCACCUUGAGAUAGCAAAACUUCUUCUAGAGUAUACAACUAUCGAAGACGACAGCAAUGUUGGCAAUGAAAUGGGGGAGAGUGAAGAAAAAGACAACAUUGGUCGAAUGUAUUCACCACUGGUUAACUUGACAGAUAAAGAAAAAGCGACACCUUUACAUUAUGCGUGUGAAGAAGGCAGUAUACCAGCUGUUAGCCUAUUGGUGAAUUAUGGCGCCUCGUUUACAUGUAAAAAUAAAGAUGAUAAAACACCGAUCGAUGUUGCACCGGACCAUCUACGCUUGAAUAUUUUAAAACAAUUUAAAGUUAAACCCUGUACACAAUAA